AUGGCGUGGGACCACCUCUCCAUCACCAAGCCGCAUCUGGUCUACCUGAUCCUCGGAGGCUUCACCAGCCUGUUCAUGCUGUGCUCUUCAGUAAUCAAAGAGCGCCUGUACAUUGGUGAAGCUACCGUCGCGACCAUAUGUGGUAUCAUAUUCGGCCCGCACGCGGCGAACCUCAUAGACCCGUCGACAUGGGGCAACGUUGACUUGAUCACGCUAGAGUUUUCGCGCAUCGUUCUGGUCGUGCAAUGCUUCGCCGUCGGCGUCGAAUUGCCGCGCGCAUACAUGGAGAAGCACUGGAGGUCGGUCGUCCUCCUCCUCUUACCAGUCAUGACAUUCGGCUGGUUGAUAACCAGCCUGUUCAUCUGGGGCUUGUUCCAUGCCCAUCUUAAUUGGCUGGAUAGUCUGUGCAUCGCCGCUUGCGUUACCGCCACGGACCCUGUCCUAGCUUCGUCGGUUGUCGGUAAAGGAAAGUUCGCCAAGCGAGUGCCAAAGCAUUUGCGAGAUCUGCUAUCCUGCGAAUCCGGCUGCAACGAUGGCAUGGCCUUUCCCUUCGUUUACUUGGCCAUCUACCUCAUCGAGUACCGUCCCGACGCUAAUCAGGUUGCUUAUCACUGGUUCUGCUACACAGUCCUCUAUGAAUGCAUCUUUGGCGCUUUCUAUGGAUUCGUCGUAGGAUAUAUUGCACGUCGCGCAAUUAGAUGGGCUCACGAAAAGGACCUCAUUGAUCGUGAGAGUUUCCUCGUCUUCUACUUUGUGCUGGCGCUCUUUUGUGCCGGCUCAGGUUCCUUGCUUGGAAUGGAUGACUUGCUCGUAGGUUUCGCUUGCGGAGUCGGCUUCUCCAACGACGGAUGGUUUCUCGAGAAAACCGAGGAGUCACACGUCUCCAACGUUAUCGAUUUGCUCAUCAACUUGGCUUUCUUCGUUUACUUUGGCUCCAUCAUUCCCUGGGAGCAGUUCAAUUCGGACAUUAUCGGUCUAUCGCCAUGGCGUCUAGUUGUCCUUGGUAUUCUGGUGCUUUUCUUCCGCCGGAUUCCCAUCAUGCUGAUGCUCAAACCCGUCAUACCCGACAUCAAGACAUGGCGCGAGGCUUCUUUUGCUGGUCACUUUGGGCCUAUUGGUGUUGGUGGCUUGUUUGUCGCUAUCCUUGCAAGAGCUGAACUCGAGACCGAAACGACAACCCCUCUAGCCGUACUACCGGAGCCAGGAUUUGAACAUCUGAACAUUAUUGAGAUGAUCUGGCCGAUUACCUGUUUCUUGGUCAUUGUCAGCAUCAUCGUCCAUGGCAGUUCCAUUGCAGUCUUUACCCUGGGCAAGCGCAUCAACACGCUUACAAUCUCCAUGUCUUACACACAAGCGAACGAAAAUGGGCCUGGCUGGAUGGAUCGUCUUCCUCGCAUUCAGUCACGUUCCAGGUCUUCCAUGGCUCGACGCCCCUCUGAAUCUUCGUAUGACGAAAAAGCGGAAUUGGCAGCGGCAGGUUUCGGUGGCACGUUCCUCCGCCGCCAAAAGGAAGACAAAACCCAAAGCCGGAACCACAGCCGAUCCAACUCAGCAGAGCCGCGAGGACGACGCUGGGAUGCGGGUCGUGGACCAGGUGGGCCCAUCUCGCAAUCUGCCAUCGCUCCAAACAGGCGCGACGAUGCCCAGACAGCGACAGUGUCACCAGAGGAAGAUACCGAUACUUUUGCUGAUGCGAUGGCCAUCUCUAGUGAGAGUUCGUCGAGUGGAGAGAAGAUGAAGAUGCGGGAGCCUGAAGAAGAAAUCUACCAGGAAGGCCACAACACAGUCUUUGAAGAUAAAGAAGGCAAUGUUCUUGGAGUCAGGGACAGCCAUGGGGAGCAUGGCGCGGAACGACGGAGACAUGAUAGUGAGAGGGCAGAGGAACUACUGAAGAAAAAGGACGUCCAACAUGGGGUGUCGCAAAAGGAGCACAAUGGUACAUUUGAAGAAGCAUCUGGUAAGAUUGGGGAUGCGGUUGAGCAUCCUCACAAGACAUGGCGCAACCGAAUGCAAAGUUACACAGGUCGCGCUCCCAAGGAUGGAAAGGCAGCAGAGCCCUUGAAGGCUGAGAAGCCAGCACACAAGUCAGGCAAGCAUGGUCCCGCCCUCGCAUAUCAAUAUGGUAAUACCAUUAUUGUUGAAGAUGAGGAUGGUGAGGUCCUGAAGAAGUACGAUAUUCCAAAGGGGCCGAAGGAAGGUCGGCCUGCGAACACUCGUGGCCAGUCUAUGGCGGAGACGUCGACGAGUCGUGCUGUGCAAAGUCUGAAGCGCAUGGGAACCCACAUGGGCGUGGCAGCUACUCAGCAGGCAGGCCCAUCCGGCACUCAACCCACCAGUAACAAGAAGAAGAAAGCAGCAGAGUUAGCAGCGAAGGAGCAAGAGGACGACGACCUGCUUCGUUUCACCGUUACAGCUGGAGGGCGUCGGAUGAGCAAGUUGGAAUUCAUCCAACAGAUGUCGCAGAUGAACCCGAAAGACCGGGCCAAGUUUGUGCAGAGCAGCGAUGCUCCCGAGGCUGUCAAGGAUGCCGCACAUCAGGACGCAAAGGACCAUACCGCCGAACAACGACGCCGCGCAGCCUCUGUGCAAGCGAACGUUCCUCCUGUCGUUGGUGAAGCGGGCGAGGCCGAGUUGCAAAAGAUUCCAUCGCCAGCAGCGGAUGCGGAAGGGAAACCUCGUGGUCCGGAGGGGUUGACGCUUGUCGACAGCAACAACGAACAUGUGCCAUUCCACUCCGUACGCCAGGAUCUCGAGGGUUACUCGAAUGAUCAGGGUCCCGAGACCGCUGCGCAGCGCCGACGUCGUCGAGCUGCCGAGCAAUCUGCCGAGCAAUCCCCAAGCCAAGGACCCCGAGCCCCUAACACCAGCGCUGAACCGCAACCCCAAGAAGACGAAGGCUUCGAAGGCGAAACCGCAGCAGAACGCAAGCGUCGUUUAGGCGCCCUUGGUGUAGGCAACGACGAUACCCCCGAAUCCGACUCUGAAAAUGAGCUGGAGACUGGCGAUCCGCUCGAAACUGGUCGCGGUACUCACUCCAAUGCCGAGCACAGCGGCAAGGUGCUCUCACCUGCACGUCGCACCCCCGGCAUUCGCUUCGCUGAUCAGCCCCGCGUACCGACCAAAGAUGAGCGUGCAGCCGAAGACGCACGGGAGAAGGAGGAUUUGGAUCGUGAAAAGGAGCAAAAGAGGAAGAGUGGGCUUGGUAGACUUGUUAGUCGCAAGUAG